AUGCUUUUGCUUUGGGAUGGUAGUGUGGAGAUUAUGAGUUCGUAUAGUGAUAGCUUUUCUAUUGUUCCGAGCCUAGGGCUUGUUCUUGCUAGGCUAUUUUUGUGUAUACGAGCACCUAAAGGAUUGAGAGAGAAGGUUCGUGGGAAUAAAUUCUUCAUUAAGAAAAGGAGAAAUGGGGUGAGAACUUGUUUGUUGUGGGUGACUGGAAUGAUUUAUGCCAUUCAGGGAAAAGAAAGGAGGAAGAUCAAGGGGGGAAAACAACUUUUUUGGAAGUAUCCAUGGAGCAGAAUUAGUUUACCUAUUAGUCUUCUACCCAGUAUAUUUAAGAGUGCAUCAGACCACUGUCUUUUUCUUAUUGAUUAUGACCCUAAUGCCCUACCAAGGAAAAUGAGAUUUCAGAUUGGUAUGAGAUGGAUUCAGAAGAAAGGGGUGCAAGAGGUAGUUCAACAAGCUUGGAGCUCUAUAACUUCUAGAACACCUAUGUUUUCAGUGAAGGAGAAGAUAGAAAAAUCUAGGUUGGCUCUUUUGUUAUGGAGUAAGCAUUUUCGCUCUAACAGUAGAGCUAAUAUUGAAAGGAUAUCCUUGAGUCUAGAAGAAAUGAGGCAAGCAGGUGGUGAGAGGAAUUAG